AUGCCAAUGCCAUGGCUGUGCGUUGAACUGACUGGGGGGAUCAUGCAGUCCUUACUGGCCGCACCUCUUGCGCAUCUCCUGAGCUCAAAAACACCCCUCGUGCCGUUGUCGAGGGGCAAGGAAGAUACCCCCAUCAAAUUCACCGACAAGGGCGGGGGAAUCUCGCGUAGCACCAUUCCCCCUCAUUUGGACUUACAUGUAAUGCACACGACCGUGACGGCGCUGACGGGGCAGAGCCUAGCAGAGCAUCGAUCAGGAUUUUCAGGCUCCGAUAUUUUGGGUACAUGGGGUGCCGUUGUCGAGAUUAGUGGGUAG